UCUCUUUCUUCCUUUUCAAUCCCUCUCUUGCCCUUAAGUUAGGCUCCUGGAUAUUCAAGUUGAGAUGUGUUGGUGUGGAUGGGGCUUUGGGAUUGGUGCAAUGCUUAUAUAUUUUCGCAUUUUUGGUCUUUUUAGCUAUAUAUUUUCGCAUUUUUGGUCUUUUUGCUUAUAUAUUUUCGCAUUUUUGGUCCUUUUGGUGAGUCUCUCCUAUCCUCUGAAGACUGACUCUCUGCUCACCUCUAGCUUAUAUAUUUUCGCAUUUUUGGUCCUUUUGGUAAGUCUCUUCUCUCCCCUCCCCUCCUCUCCUUUGAAGACUGACUCCCUGCUUAUUUCCAGGCUAUAUAUUUUCGCAUUUUUGGUCUUUUCAGUAAGUUUCUUCUUUCCCUGACCUCUUUUUGACCUUAAUAUUUUCGCAUUUUUGUCUAUUUUAGUGAGUCUCUCUUUCUUUCUUUUAGUUAGUAGUGUAGAUACCAAUGUAGUAGUUACUUUGAAUAUGAUUUUUGUAUUUUUGUA